GAUAGUCAGAAAAUCGUAGUAGCGCUCGAUCGUAUGAGUGGGGAUCUAAGUUGGAUCUAAGAUCGAGGAACCCGCCACAGCGCUAAGGGCGCAGCCGACGGAUUAUACUUGCCCCAAAGCGGGCAUGUAUGUCGGACUACCGCCACCACCUUCCGCUCUUGCUGCUAAGCUUCAGCUCCAGCCCUUCAGAAGGACGUCUUGUACGCCACACUAUACAGCAAUUGAAUUCAACGAAAUGCAAUGGUCAAAGAGCAACGAGAACAUGCCAUCAUGAGUCCGACGUGACAGGGCUUCCAUUCGCGGUGGCUAGGGCCAGCGUUCUGCGCGCGAUGACGAAGGCCCGGUGUUCGCUGAGGAUGUCGCGCGCUUUUCCUAUCGUUAUGGCGUUCACAGAGCUCCGAGUCCGAGGGCGCAGGCUGUAUGCGUGAGUCUGAGCGGCCCCGCUAGCGCCGUCUUGCGCUAUAUGGGUGGUAGUGCCGGGUGUCUGAGAGAGCUAAGAGCGGAACCUCCGCGAGCGAUCGAGACGCUGGGGA